UGGAUCGCCGGCGCUUGCUCUCCCAGAGCUUGGACGGGCUUUGGGGUGGGGGGAGAAAAGGGGCCUUAUGGCUUGCAACUCGGAACGCGCAAGAGAAGCGCUGCCAGGGGGCUUAGGACGAAUCGGGGCCCUGUACCAGGAACUGAGCCGCUUUCCGUCGGUGACUUAUGCCGGCGUCGGAGCCGAGGUUGCUGCCCGCUGUGGCGCCAAGUGCCUGCCCCUCUACACGGAGUGGUACCAACCAGAUCUGGAGCGCCAUCAACAACUGCUCUUCAGUCGCCAAUAUAUCCUGCACAUUGAUGGCAGAGCAGUUGUCUCAGUUACUCCUGUUGGUGUGCCAGCUGAGAUUCACAAUCAGUAUGCUGCUGACUAGAAUGUCUCCUACUGGGAAGUAUAAAGCUAUCCUCACCUGUUACUUGGAAAUGGGGCAGAAACAGGAGGUUCUAGAGGUUUGGAGCAACAGUGGGAGGGUAAGAAAUGUCAAUCUCACAGCGCUGGAUAAACAUGGCAAAGUGUACACAGAUGAGCAGUUUCGAUGCUUUGCCUGGUCCAGCUCAGAAACUCAGAUUGUGUAUGUUGCAGAGAGAAGGCGCUCUCCAAAACAACCAUUUUUCACUCAAGAGGGGUUCACUGAAGGAGAGGAGGAUGAGCAGUUUGUGUACUACGACAACUGGGGAGAGGCACUGGGGGACAAAAGUGCCCCUGUAUUAUGUGUGCUGAAUGUUGAAACCAGUGAAGUUUCGGUGCUAGGAGACAUCCCAGAGCACAUCUCCCCUGGACAGGCCCUGUGGUCCCCAGGUGACAAGGGAAUAAUAUUUGUGGGCUGGUGGCAUGAGCCAUUCAGAUUGGGAUUACAUGCCUGCUCCAAUAGACGGUCAGCUCUAUUUCACUUCGAUCUCUCUGAAAAUAGCUGUGAACUACUGACCUCAGAUUACCAGGCUAUCUCUUCUCCCCGGCUCAGCCCUGACCAAACUCACCUGCUGUACUUGGAGGGAUCAGUGUUUGGGUCUCAUCGCCAGUGCUUGAAGCUACAGUUGCUCAACUGGCAAACAAAGUUCUCAUAUACAGUGGUGGACAUAGUUAGAACUACCACAGCUGGUUUUUAUGGGAUUUACUCGGGAGCACUGUCCAUGCAUUGCUGGGCCUCUGAUAACCAAAGAAUCUUUCUUAGUACUCCUCAGAGGAGUAGAAAGGAGCUGUUGGUUGUGGAUAUCAAAUCAGGAAGUGUGAAAUCUAUUACCUCAGGCACAUCAGAAGGUAGCUGGACUCUACUAGGAGUUCAGCAGGAUCUGCUAGUGGUGAGCUGUUCAUCUCCCAAUUGCCCUCCAAGUCUGAAGGUGGGUGUGCUUCCCCCUGCAGGGAGUGAGCUGGAGCUACAGUGGAUCAGUGUGGAGGAAUCUUCUGUACUACCUGGCAUGGAAUGGAAAAUCCUCACAGUGCAUCCUGCUUUGUCUGAGGAGGGCAGCCCAUACACUGCCCAGUCAUUUGAAGCCCUAUUGCUGAUUCCUCAAGAAAACAAACAAGGAGAAAAGGCCUUUCCCCUUAUUGUUUCUCCGCAUGGUGGCCCACAUUCAGUUUUUGAUGCUUGCUGGCGUCCAACUGUGGCAUGUCUCUGCCAGCUGGGUUUUGCUGUGCUCAUGGCAGUGAAUUACAGGGGUUCCCUGGGUUUUGGCCAGGACAGCAUUGACUCACUGAUCUCUCAUGUUGGAGUGCAAGAUGUGGAGGACACUCAGCUGGCGGUAGAAGCGGCACUACAGAUGGAGUCUUUGGACCCAAAUAGAAUUGCCUUGUUGGGAGGCUCUCACGGUGGCUUUAUCUGUUGCCAUUUGAUUGGUCAGUAUCCAGAGAUGUACAAAGCCUGUGUGGUCAGAAGCGCCGUCAUCAACAUGGCCACUCUACUGGGGACCUCUGACAUUCCUGAUUGGCGAUACGCAUCUCUAGGUCUGCCAUAUUCCUAUGAGCGGAUUCCUACAGAAGAAGAUCUGGCCGCCAUGCUGCUCUGCUCCCCCAUAAUUCAUGCUGCAAAGGUACAAGCACCACUGCUGCUGUGUGUUGGUGCAAAGGACCGCCGAGUGUCUCCGUACCAAGCUUUGGAAUAUUACCGUGUGUUGAAAGCUAGAGGAAUCCCUGUGCGACUGAUGUGGUAUCCAGAAGGGAAUCAUGCCAUAAGUGGAGUGGUAGCUGAAGCAGAUGUCUUUAUGAAUUGUGCCCAGUGGAUCAUACAUCAUCUUUCCACAAAAGUAGAUUGAAAGUCAACAGCCAACUAAAUAAGAAGACAUCUAGAUUGCUGAGGAGCAAAGUGUCUGUGUUCAUAUAUAUCCAAUUGCAUUACAAUGAUCUUCAUAAUGUGUCAGGAGUUCCUUCUUCCCCACUUCAAUAUGCAAUCAGGUUGUGGGCAUCUGAAGAUUCUUCUCUGCUGAUAAUCCUUUCAUGACGCUUUUGAGGAAAUCUGCUGCUAAUGGUACAAAUAUCUACUCAAAUCCUAAUUCUGAUUGAAGAAUGGAUUUCUGAUAACUGGCAUUGCAGCAGAGCUCUGCUGUUAGACUGCUGAAUGUUAUAAUCAAUCAAGCCAGUUUGUUUAUUUGAAUAAAUGAAUAUGGUGACAUAAUCCAAAGGAAAUUCUCCAAUAAGGUUUCACAUUUGCAACUGAGUAUUUUAUUAGUGAUGGGGAUCUUAUAUGAGCAGAACUCAACAUGAAUGACAUUUAUCAAAGUGUCUUUUCAUUCUUUCCCAGUUCUCUAAUGAAGCAUUUGCUGCUUUUAGGAUCUCCCCAUGGAAGAUGCCAACCAUCUUCCUCUGCCACUAAACCUGGAGAUAACUGCAAAUUACAAAUAUUUAUGUUUACCAUAUAUAUUAAUAGUAAACUCAUUCACCAGUUGUGGACUCUUAUGCAGCUGAAACAUCAUCUCACACAGGAGAUGAAUCAGCAGCAUCUUGGUGGGGUUGAGGAGAAUAGGGGAAAGUACUGAAGGAAGAAGACCCAAAAGAGUCAGCAAGGCCUGAGUAUGAUCUAUGACUUUGCAAUGCUGACUGAAUAUUGGGAGUAAGCAGAAGAGCAACCUUGAGAUGGGGAAGGUUCCUAGAGGAAGCAGCUUAUUUGGACACUUGGCAAUCAGGAUACAGCACAGAAACUGCAUUGGUCACACUUGUGGAUGACCUUUGGAAAGAUCAGGGAAUGCAAACCUCCUACCCUUCUUGAUUUGCAAUUCUUAACUACAGUGUAGUAGUCCUCAAUUUUUCUGAUGGUCUUAAAUAUUUCUUCAUUUAGUCUUAAUGUAAGAGGAAAAGAAAGCAUCAGAAGUAAGAGGGUAUCUUAAGUAUACCCAUAAACAGCAGCUUAAUUUACAUUGAAAAGUGUUCGUUCUUCUUAGUUCUUUGGGAACGGACUUUCCUGACCAUUGGUAGGACAUAAGAGUACUCUAGGGGACGCGGUGGCGCAGCGGCUUAAUGACGCUGAAA